AUGUUGGAAAUGCAGAUUGGCCAAAUUGCUAAUAAGGUUGGUGUUCGAGAUCAGGGAUCACUGCCUAGUCAACCAGAUGUGAAUGUUAAAGAACACUGCAAGGCUAUCACGUUGAGGAGUGGAAGAGAGUUACCAGAAAUUGUGGAUGAGCAAAAAUAUGAUACUGCACCGAAAGCUAAUUUGAAACAAUACGUGCCUCCAAUCCCUUUUCCACAAAGGUUGACAAACCGGAAGUUGGAGAAGCAAUAUGAGAAAUUUUUAAAGAUGUUUCGGGAGAUACACAUUAGCAUUCCUUUUGCUGAUGCUUUGGCUCAAAUGCCCCUUUUUGCGAAAUUCAUGAAGCAGGUAUUAUCUAAUCGCAAGAAGUUAGAGGCGGUGGAGACCAUCAGUCUUAAUGAAGAGUGUAGUGCAGUUAUCCAACGCGAGAUUCCUCCUAAACUCAAGGAUCCCGGGAGCUUUUCUUUGCCAUGUACUAUUGGACAAGUCGGAGUAAAGAGGGCAUUGUGUGAUCUCGGAGCUAGUGUGAGUUUAAUGCCACACUCUAUUUACAAAAGACUUGGUUUGGGAGAGCUAAAGAAAACAAGUAUAUCACUUCAACUUGCGGAUCGAACUAUAAAACAUCCACUAGGUGUCCUUGAAGAUGUUUUGGUGAAUGUUGAUAAAUUUGUUAUUCCUUGUGAUUUUGUUAUUUUGGAGAUGAAUGAGGAUGUUGAUAUUCCGAUUAUCUUGGGAAGACCAUUCUUGGCAACUGCUGGAGCAAGUAUUAAUGUGAAAGCCGGCAAGCUUACGCUAAACGUGGGUGAAGAAAAAGUUGAGUUUGAUCUAGAUCAAGUUAUGAAGGCACCGGCACUUGAAACUGAAAGCUUUGUUGUGAAUAUUGUUGAAGAAGUUGUGAAGAAAGUCACUGAUGAUAUUCGCGAGAAUGAAGUUGAAGGUGAUGAAAACAAUUCUUUGAAAUUCCGAGAAGAUGAAUUAAACGAGAUGGAUUUGACACUUGGACCAUUUGAGAUGGUUUUGAAAGAGCCACCAUGA